ACGGAGAGAGAGAAAAAAAAAGUAAAGAAACGAGACAAACCAGUCUCUCUCUCUCUCUCUCUCUUCUUCUUCUUCUUCUUUCUCCAGUCUAAAAACAAGGAGAUCAGAAGAAAUUUAUUUAUUGAGAUUAAAAGAGAGAGAGAGAGAGAGAGGGGAGAAAUAGGAGAUCAAUGACUUCAGGAGGGGGGAGGCUGCCAACGUGGAAGGAGAGAGAGAACAACAAGAGGAGAGAGAGGAAGAGGAGAGCCAUUGCUGCUAAGAUCUUCACUGGUCUCAGGACUCUCGGUAAUUAUAAGCUACCCAAGCACUGCGACAACAAUGAAGUCCUCAAAGCUCUCUGUGCUGAGGCUGGAUGGAUCGUAGAAGAGGAUGGCACUACUUACCGCAAGGGAUGCAAGCCACCUCCACCACCUCCUGAGGCAACAACUGGCGGCGGCCCAUCAACAAACAUAAGCCAAUGCUCCUCCUCUCAUCACCUCAGCCCAACCUCCUCUUCCUUCCCUAGCCCGGUCCCCUCCUACCAUGCUAGCCCCUCGUCUUCUUCCUUCCCUAGUCCUAAUCGUCUUGAUGCCUCAAACCCUAACCCUAACCUCACCCCCUCCUAUCUCCUCCCUUUCCUCCGGAACUUCUCCCUUCCUCCUCUUCGUAUAUCUAACAGCGCCCCCGUAACUCCUCCCCUCUCAUCCCCAACCUCAUCUCGGCCGCAAAAGCUCAAGAAACCGGAUUGGGAUUAUGCAGUUCAUCGUCAUCCUUUAUUCAACGCUUCAGCUCCUUCGAGCCCAACGAGAGGCCAUCGCCAUCCUUUAUUCAACGCACCGAUACCAGAGUGUGAUGAGUCUGAUGUAUCUACCGUCGACUCUGGUCGUUGGGUUAGUUUUCAGAUGACGGCUCCUUCGUCUCCUACAUUUAAUCUCGUCACGGGGCCUGUUGUUGGCCCCGGAGGAGUGCCGGAGAAAGGGAGAGGUGCUACUGAGUUUGAGUUUGAGAGUGGGACUGUGAAGCCCUGGGAGGGGGAGAGGAUUCAUGAGGUUGGAGUCGAGGAUCUUGAGCUCACUUUGGGGAUGGGAAAUAGCAAUGCAAAGUGAAGCGUGCCUCUCAGUUUUACCUGGAAAUUCUAGCAGCGUUGUUGUGCAUGCUCACAAAUUCUUUCUUUGAUUGCGUUAAGAGUUGGAAGUGUUAUUAGCUACUUGUUUUAGUGGGAGUGGGGUGAUGGAAAUAUUUUACGAGAUUGCCCUCGGAGGAGUUUCUCUGAACCUUGUAAAUGUUUGAGGAAUGGGGAGGGUUUAUUAUUUACUCUU